AUGAUUUGUACAGUUAUAAAAAUGACUACAAGGAGAUACUUGAUACGAUUUUCGUACUUGGGAACCCAAUAUAGAGGUUCACAAAAGCAUGCUGGUUCUACUGUUUUAGAUGUGGAUUCAAUUCAAGGUGCCUUAGAAAGUUCUUUGUCACGACUUAAUCAUAAAAAUGUUCCAAAUAUUGUUAUGGCUGGAAGAACAGAUGCAGGUGUGCAUGCGUUAAAUAUGACUGCUCACAUUGACAUUCAACACAAUUAUACAUCAGAAAAGUAUCCAGACUAUAAUAAAAAAUUAGUUCAAUUGAUGAACAGAUACUUAAUUAAUACUGGUCAUGAGAUAAGAGUAUUUACUUGUUAUGAAGUAAACCCAAAGUUUCAUGCAAGAUUCUCAGCAAAAACAAGGACUUACCUGUAUAGAUUUUGCAUGCCAAAAGAUGUUACCGAUCAACGUCUCCCAAUUUCUGAGCAUAAUCGAUCCUUAUUUUUCCACCCGUAUCCUCAUAAUUUUGAUAUGCAGAGAUUUAAAAACGGUUUAGAAUUAUUUAAAGGAACCAAGGAUUUUAUGACAUUUAGUGCUCGAUCAGUGAAAAAAGAACUUUACUGGGAAAAGGAAGAAUUCAAACGCAGAUACGUCAAAACAUUAGAUUUGAGAAUAGAAGAAGCUACGCCUCUCAUGCCAAUGGAUCCAUUAUCACAAAAUUUUUCUUAUUGGCAUUUAACUUUCCAAUCUAAAUCAUUUCUGUACAACCAAAUAAGACGAAUAGUUGGAACUCUUUUUGCAUUAGGACUCAACAGGAUAAGUGAAGAAGAUAUAAUUACAAUGCUUCAAGUUCCUUCUCAUCACCAAUUCAUAAAUAAAAUCCAACCAGCUAAGCCUCAUGGCCUAUAUCUUUUAAAUGUUGAUUACGAUGAAGAAGAUAUAAAACCUUAUGACAGUGAAAAGAUGAAAUCUGCAUAAAAACAUCCAAUGGAUCUCAAAAAAACAUUACACUUUUAUAAUCUUUCACAAGCAUUCUAUUGAAUGUGAUAUGUCUGUACAAAUGUUAGUAGUAAAAAUAAAUAAUGAAUAAGUUAUUUUUAAA